AUGCAAAGUGCAGCUGAUCAUGCCAGUAAUUUCUUGAAUUCCAUUGGCCAAGAAUUGCAAGGCUCUUCUGAAGCUCCUUACACCGACGAAGGUUAUUAUAGAGAUGAAGGCAAUUUUCACAGAAGUGAAGGCUAUCGUAGUGAAAGUCGACGACGACAUAGCAGCAGAGAUCGAUACAGAGACCGCUCUCGUGAACGAGAAGGCAGACGACGACGCGAUAGGUCAAGAGACAACAGACGAGAGCGCUCACGCGAUCGUCGUCACAGAAGUAGGAACCGAGAUGAUAGGGACUACCGUCGAUCGCGUAACCACAGCCCUGGAGCGCGACGUAAUAGACGUAGCACGAGUUCUACAGGUCGUCGUGACGAACCUACAGUUCCACUUCACAAGAGAGAAAGAAAGCUUCAAAAUUGGGAUAUGGCUCCGCCGGGCAUGGAAGGCAUGACGGCAGAGCAGGUUAAGCAAACAGGAUUAUUCCCCCUACCCGGACAGGUUGUUGGUACUCGCACACCUCAGUCGUUUGCACCACCUAGUGAACAUGCUUUAAUGGCAGAUGGCUCGCGGGCACGCCGUUUGUAUGUGGGUCAGAUACCUUUUGAGAUUGAUGAGAAGGCUAUGGCGGACUUUUUCAACAGCACGAUGCAGCAGCUAGCAAGCACCGAAGGCGACGCAGUAGUUUCAGUUCAGAUCAAUCACGACAAGAACUAUGCGUUUGUUGAGUUCGAAACCCCAGAACAAGCUACGCAAGCAAUGGCUUUUGAUGGUAUUAACUUCCAAACACAGACUUUGAAGAUUCGUCGACCAAAGGAUUAUCAACCACCUACAGACGGCAACUAUCAAGAUAACACCCCAUCUACAACGAGCGCUGUCCCUGACACACCCAACAAAAUCUUUAUUGGAGGUUUGCCCAUUUAUCUUAAUGAAGACCAGGUCGUCGAAUUGCUCAAGUCGUUUGGUGAAUUGCGUGCUUUCAACCUUGUCAAAGAUCCACAUACGAUGCAAUCCAAGGGCUUCGCUUUUUGUGAAUAUGCUGAUCCAAGUGUCACGGAUUUGGCAUGUCAAGGUUUAAAUAAUAUGGAAUUAGGCGAUAAGAGACUUGUUGUGCAGCGCGCAAGCGUUGGUGCAAAACAGGGAGGAUCUGAUGGACCUUCAUCUGGAGGAAAUAGAGAUGGCGGAAGAGACGGAGGGAUGCCAUUAUCUUUUGUGCCUUCAGGAGUCAAGGACGAUGAAGCCACUCGAGUUUUGCAGCUCAUGAAUAUGGUAACACCUGAAGAACUCGAAGACGAUGAAGAAUUUCAAGAUAUUUGGGAAGAUAUUGCAGAAGAAUGUUCAAAGUUCGGCGUUGUGUUGGAUAUGAAGAUUCCUCGACCUCAGAGUGGACAGAAUGUUGUAGGACUUGGCAAGAUCUUUGUUCGAUUUGAAAAUCAAGAUCAAGCUUUGAGCGCUUUGAGAGCUCUUGCAGGUCGCAAAUUCGCUGACCGAACGGUAGUUUCAUCAUUUGUUGACGAGGACAACUACCUUGCUGAUGCUUUCUAG